AUGGUGGUGCCUGAGACUAAUCCUGACAGUGAAGAAGACGUAGAUGAUUUGGUUUAUGCUAGUUUUAUUAGGGCUAGGACUAAGCCAGUGGCAACUUUAGAGCCACCUCCUAAGCGACCUACUACGCGGUUGCAGCAAAAGGAAGCUCUAGAGUUUGCCGUCAAGAAGAGUAAAAGGAGUCGGACAAGGAAAAGGUUGGUCAAAGAUGGAAAAGUUUUACAAGCAAAGGAUGUUCCUGUAGUGGAUGUGGAUGAGGAAACCAAAGAGGAACCUAGUUCCCUGACCCGCAAGCCUUCAAGGAAGAAGCACUCUCUCUCUCUCAAUCCGAAAGUGAAGGAGCAUGGUGACAAGUCUGAUGAGGAAGAAGUGGAGAAAUCUAGUGAACAUAGACAGAACAAAUCAGUGAAGAAGGAAAAGUCUGUUGGCAAGUCAGUGAAAAGAAAGAGGGAUGAUGAUGAUGAUGAUGAGGAACCUGGUUCCGUCAAGAAAGGAAAAGUGGGUGAAACUCUAAGGUCUGAGAAAAGGAAGCUGAGGAAUCAGAAAGUGCUGUGGGGCCGCACAUUUGCCUCUAAAAUUCUAGAGAGUGCUGGGAUGAGACAAUUAGUGGAUAUUUGUGAUGCUCAACAGUGGACCAAUUUGUUUACAAGUGAGGCUCCUAUAAUAUAUGAGGAUGAGGUGCGGAGUUUCUACACCAGCCUUUUCACAGUAGAUGGUGAUCAAAUAUGUGUGUUGGUGAAUGGGGUGGACAUAGUGAUGGACUCUACCUUAUUGGGGUCAAUUUUGGGUGUUCCUACCGAAGGAGUGUCAUCUGCUCAAGUUGCUUGCACACUAAACUUUAGAAAUGCCAUUGUUAAGGACAAGGCAAUACAACAUGGGGAACAGGUGCAUAAGAAGGCAGUCCUUGUAGUUUAUCAGCUGCUCUUUGAGAUGGUUAAUAAAGUAUUGCUUCCCCGUGCUGAAAGAAGAUCUGUUGCAUCCAAAGCUGAUCUACUCCUUAUGGGGACUUUGGAUAAUUUGUCCUCCAUCAAUUUGCCUGCCAUAAUGAUUGAGCAUAUGCAGAAGGUAGAGAACCUCAGAGACGGAAAUCCUGGACUGCCCUAUGGGUUCUAUCUCACAAAGGUCUUUGAGUUUUUCAAAGUACCUCUGGGACAGGCCAAAGUGGGCACCAAAAAGCAAUCAUUUUCAAAAACUACUCUGGAGGACUGUGAGUGUAUUGACAAAGUCGGAGGAGUUGGAAGCACUUCCACAAUCUCUCAACUGAUAAAUGCUCAGAAUAGUGCCACAGAGGAGAUCCGAAAGUUGAAAGCUAGGAACGCGAUUCUUGAGAGUCAGCUCAAUCAGUUGCAAGAGGUAUCUGGUUCUAGUGGUUCUCACAGUGCUGAGGUUGCACGCCUAACAAAGGAGAAUGUUGAACUAAGGAAACAGGUAGAGGACCUAAAAGAAAGACUGCUAAAUGAGCAAAUGUCCGCGAAUGCUCGCAUGGAUCUUGUCCUCCAAACUCUUGCUUCCUCUUCCAAGCCCCCUUCCUCCAGUGUCCCUUAA